GUGUGCGCGUCUAGCAUCGGAUGAUUCCGCGAGGGCGGUACCAAGUGGACUGACCGGCUCCUGAGAAAACCGACGAGAACCUCACCGGUACUUGCAUCUUCUUCAUCAGCUUUGCUUUUCCCACCGACAAGCCCCUGGUUUAGCUAGCCGUUUAUACCAACCAGCUCACAAAAUAACAGUUGUUAGCUAUAUUUUUUUAUGUCCCGAACUCCAGAAAUAUCAGUUAAGAAUUCAAAACGGAAAAUAAACCACAUUAUGGAGACUGAAAUACACGUGCCCGUCGGGUCGCCGGUAAUUAGAAAAUUCCCGAUUUUCGUGGAGGAAAAUAAUGUAACCGAUGGAGCAAUGAAGCUGAUAAAGCAGCUUCGGCCAGCGUGGGACAUGAACCAUGUCAAGACCAAGCUCUUCACUGAUGGGACCACUAAUAAGCUGGUUGGUUGUUAUGUGGAGGCGAGUCCAGAAGACGUGGUUCUGGUGCGCGUGUACGGGAACAAGACGGAGCUGAUUGUCGACCGAGACAAUGAGCUCAAGAGCUUCCAGGUGCUGCAUGCUAACGGCUGCGCGCCGCGGCUCUACUGCACCUUCCAGAAUGGCCUUUGCUACGAGUUCAUGCAGGGGGACGCCCUCGGAACACAGGACGUCAGGGAUCCUACCAUACUCAGACUGAUAUCCAGGGAGAUGGCUCGUAUCCAUGCGAUCCACGCACACAACGGCUGCAUCCCCAAACCCAACCUGUGGAUCAAGAUGAGGAAAUAUUUCUCUCUGGUCGCUACAGAGUUCACCGACCAAGCCUCCAACACCAGGAUCCAGCAGGAGGUGCCCAGCCAGGCAGUGUUGGAGCAGGAGAUGGUGUGGAUGAAGGAGCACUUGUCUCAGCUCGGCUCUCCUGUGGUGCUCUGCCACAAUGACCUGCUCUGCAAGAACAUCAUCCACAACAGCAAAGAGAGCCAUGUCCGGUUCAUAGACUAUGAAUACUCUAGUUACAACUAUCAGGCAUUUGACAUCGGGAACCACUUCAACGAGUUUGCAGGUAUGAGUGAGCUGGACUAUGGGCUGUAUCCUAGCCGUGAGAUGCAGCUGGAGUGGUUGCGUGUGUAUUUGCAGGCAUACAAGGCGUCCACUAAGAAAGGAGAGGAGGUCAGCGACCGAGAGCUGGAGACUCUCUACGUACAGGUCAACAAGUUUGCCCUGGCGUCACACUUCUUCUGGGGCUUCUGGGCUCUCAUCCAGGCCAAGUACUCCUCCAUCAAUUUCGACUUCUUGGGCUAUGCUGUGCUGCGUUUCAACCAAUACUUCAAGACCAAGCCUGCAGCGAUGGCCCUACAGAUCCCAGAAUGAGAGGAGAAGACAAGAGAAGAGAGACCCCAUCACCGGCACUGACCAGGGGAGCAGACCCACUUUGAGCAGGAGAGGACUGGGCUGGGGAAGAAGGGUUGGGUAGGGCUGGGGAUAGGGUACAAGGGUUGGGGUUAAUGUUUAGGGCUGCGUGUAUGGGGUUAAGGCAGGGGUGUCAAACUCAUUCCAUGGAGGGCCUAGUGUCUGCAUGUUUUUGUUUUUUCCUUUCAAUUAAG